CUUGUUCGUGGCCCCCAGUCGAUACGAGACCUUACAGCCGUCAUCAUCUCCAUGUCCUCUCAUUGUCACUUUCUCUUCUUCUAGAUCCGACAGUGAUGGGCUCCAAACCCUUUCGGAGAAUGCGUCAGUGACCAACGUCCUAACGGCCCUCCUCAGCCCACCACCGACCCGUCCGGACACGUCCUGCCUCGCGUGCAGAUGGUCCAUUUGCAUCCUCGCUCAAGAUGUCGUCCAUGCGAGGCCUUGUUCAGUUCAUAGCCGACCUCCGAAAUGCCAGAGCCCGAGAACUGGAGGAAAAGCGCAUCAACAAGGAAUUGGCCAACAUCAGACAGAAAUUCAAGAGCGAGAAGUUGGAUGGAUACCAAAAAAAGAAGUAUGUGUGCAAGCUGCUUUACAUCUAUAUUCAAGGGUACAAUGUCGACUUCGGACACCUCGAGGCUGUCAACCUCAUUUCCGCUACCAAGUACUCCGAGAAGCAGAUUGGCUACCUAGCAGUCACUCUCUUCCUUCACGAGCAACAUGAAUUAUUGCACCUGGUGGUCAAUAGUAUACGGAAAGACUUGUUGGAUCACAAUGAACUCAACAACUGUCUGGCAUUACAUGCCGUUGCCAAUGUCGGAGGCAGAGAAAUGGGAGAAGCCCUGGCUGCGGAUGUCCACCGACUUUUGAUUUCUCCUACCUCCAAGUCUUUUGUGAAGAAGAAGGCUGCAUUGACCCUGCUUCGGCUUUACCGGAAAUAUCCAGGCAUUCUUCAGGCGGAAUGGGCAGAAAGGAUAAUAUCCUUGAUGGAUGAUCCGGACAUGGGAGUGGUGCUGUCUGUGACCUCUCUGAUAAUGGCGUUGAUCCAGGACCACCCUGAAGCAUACAAAGGAAGUUAUAUCAAGGCCGCCCAGAGGUUACGGAAGAUUGUCGUUGACGGCGACAUUUCGCCAGAUUACCUUUAUUACAAGGUGCCUUGCCCGUGGAUUCAAGUAAAGUUCUUGAAGCUGUUGCAAUACUAUCCUCCCUCAGAAGACUCCCACGUUCGAGAUAUCAUUCGAGAAUCUCUGCAAGCUGUUAUGGCCGCAGCCACAGAAGCUCCCAAGAACGUCCAACAGAACAAUGCGCAGAAUGCGGUUCUAUUCGAGGCUAUUAACCUCCUCAUCCAUCUCGAUACCGAACAUCAGUUGAUGAUACAGAUUUCCUCCAAGCUGGGCCGUUUUAUCCAGUCACGAGAAACAAACGUACGGUAUUUGGGACUGGAUGCUAUGACUCACUUCGCCGCAAGAUCUGACACUCUUGACCCCAUCAAAAGGCAUCAAAACAUCAUUAUUGGGUCUUUGAGGGAUCGUGAUAUUAGUGUCAGGAGGAAGGGGCUGGAUUUGCUUUAUAGCAUGUGCGACACAACGAAUGCGCAGCCUAUCGUGAACGAACUCUUGAAGUACCUGCAAUCUGCAGACUUUUCUAUACGGGAGGAAAUGACGUUGAAGAUUGCCAUCUUGACAGAAAAGUACGCGACCGAUGCACAGUGGUACAUCGAUAUAUCUCUCCGACUGUUGGCAAUGGCCGGUGAUCAUGUCAGCGACGAGGUGUGGCAGAGAGUGGUGCAAAUAGUCACCAACAAUGAGGAGCUGCAGCCUUAUGCAGCACAACACAUUUUUGAAUAUUUGCGAACUGAAAACUGCCACGAUACUCUGGUCAAGAUUGCCGGGUACAUCCUCGGGGAAUUUGGGCAUUUGAUUGCAGACAACAAAGGCUGCAGUCCGAUUGAGCAGCUGAUGGUCCUGCAGAACAAGAUGAUUUCGGCUCCUGAUGCGACGAGAGCACUAUUACUCUCAACUUUUGUCAAAUUUGUCAACCUCUUUCCCGAGAUUAAACCACAGCUGCUUCAGAUGUUCCAAUUUUACAGCCAUUCUCCGGAUUCAGAAUUACAGCAAAGAGCUUGCGAGUACUUGGCGAUUGCAACGAUGCCCACCGACGAUCUUCUGAGGACGAUCUGUGAUGAAAUGCCACCAUUCUCCGAAAGAGCAUCAAUCUUGCUUCAAAGGCUGCACAAGAAGAGUGUUGGAAUCAGCGAGCGAAGGACGUGGCUCGUGGGUGGAAAGGAUGCCAACGCUGAUAAGCAGGAGGUGCUGCUCGCCCAACAAACAGGGCUCAAACGAACCUUUACAACCAUCGUGAAUGGAGGAGCAAAAUCCAACGCCAACGGCACAGGCGAGAGAAAUGUUACGAACGGAACAGGCACCGCAUCAAAAGAUCUCGAAGGUCUUGACAUGAACGGACACACAGACGAUGCUCCAGUUACGAAUCUAGCCGAUGCUGCUCAUCUCUCCCCUGAUUGGGAGAUUGGGUACGAACAGAUGUACUUUGCCAAUGAAGGUGUCCUCUAUGAAGAUCCGCAGAUUCAGAUUGGUAUGCGAGCUGAAUAUCGUGGUCACCUGGGAGUGGUAAAGCUGUACUACACCAACAAAGCAUCCUUUGCUAUAGGAUCUUUUACCACGACACUGGACAACAAAUCUGCACCGGCGUUGAAGAUCGACACGAAGAGUCUUCCUGACUCCAAUGUCGGCGCAGACUCCCAAGUGCAACAGACGAUAGUAUGUACAUCCAUUGCACCAUUCUCGGAAUCGCCCACGAUCCGGAUAUCAUAUCUUGCCGGAGCAUUACAGGGGUACACACUCAAACUGCCCAUUCUGGCUCAUCGGUUUAUGGAUCCAUCCGAACUUUCAGCCGAGGACUUUUUCAAGCGGUGGCGACAGAUUGGCGCAGGAGCGUUGGAAGCACAGAGCACAUUUGGUCUUCGGACGCCAGCAACUGAGAUGAGUGAUAAGUUCACUCGCGAAACUGUGCUGGGGUUCCGAUGGAGAAUUCUGGACAAUGUCGAUCCGAAUCCGAAGAAUAUUGUGGGCUGCGCAGUUCUACAGCUCGAGAAGGGCAAGACGGGAUGUUUGUUACGCUUGGAACCGAACCACCAACAGAAGAUGUUCCGCCUAACAAUUCGCGCCACCCAAGAAACUGUGCCAGGCAUAUUGUUGGCAAUGAUGCAGGAACGCCUUGCUCGAGGUCCAUGAAAUGGCCGUAUCAAAGAUCCUCUGGUCGGGACCCGUGACAAACGGCAUGAGACCAUGUUGACGAAGAUUCUACAAGUUGUAGGAGAGGCAUGAGUUGAUCGGGAUUUACGCACAUCACAACCCAGGUCGCCGUCAGAGAUUAUAUAUCCCACUCCUGGGCUUCUGACGAAAAUAUCACAAACUUCUUUUCGAUGUAAAAUCAUAAUGUUAUUCAAUUGCCUCUUUC